AUGAUCGAAGAAUUAAUGAAAUCAAUUGAUGUUCUAAAGGCUAACGAAGAUUUGAGGUCAAGCUUUGAUAAAGCAAUUAUAGGAGAUGAAAUGACGCAUUAUCAAUGUCCUGCCAAUACUCGCCAUGUUCCUACGGACUACCAUGUAUUACUAUUGUCACUGUCGUCGCUUCUACCAACAGGUCGCUUUUUAGCUGAGAAUAUUGUAGCCGCUGGGAUCCAGACUGGCUAUAUUAACGAAGUCCGACGACAUGGAAGAAAGGGAUCAGGCAGGCCACGAGUACUUAAGAUUCGAGUUGAAGAUAAGUACAUGGCUAUGUCUGUAUUGUAA